UCUUGCAUGGAGAAUGAAAAAAGAGGGAGGCUAAUCCAUCACAGGCUUACCCACCAGCAAACGCGGUUCCUGAUGAGUGAAUUUGCCAAGCAGCCACAUCCGGAUGCGGCACACCGAGAACGGCUCUCGCGCGAGAUCCCCGGGCUCAGUCCUCGCCAAGUUCAGGUGUGGUUCCAGAACCGGCGGGCCAAGAUUAAGCGUCUGACGGCCGACGAUCGCGAGCGCAUGAUGAAGAUGAGGGCGGUCCCGGAGGAUUUCGACAGCCUGAGCGCGCUGCAUUCGCCAUACGGCGCAGUCCACGGCUUGGGAGGGCCGAUUACCUCGCCGGUAGAUCUCGGCGCUCACUCGUAUGCCGACCACAUGAUGCGGCCUCUCAUGGUGGACGUGCGGCGCCAUGAUGGCGAGGACCACCUCUCCCCAACCGGCCUCAGCCCGGCGUUUGGGGGCAUAGGUUUUGGCCCCUCAGGGGGACUAAGCACGCCGGACAUGCUCUCUCCGAUCUCGCCAACCUCCACAGAUCACCGUUAUGGCUACCCGAGCCAUCUGUCAACCGCGUCGUUGGGUGGUGCCGGGCCGAGGACAUCUAACCCGUUUGCGCGCCAGGGCAGCCUCGAUUCCGGGAUGCAGCUCCAUGGCCACCACGCGCGGCAACAAAUACGACCAUUGCAGCCGCUUCAGCUCCGCGACACCCUGACAAGGUCGCGGUCGGAUACUCUCCAGUCGCCGCUUCGGACGAGCAUGUCGUGGAAGGGCGAUGCGAUCGAUUACACCACCUACCACGGAGGGAACUCGUCCCCCCAGAUAGGGAGCCGGCAACAUAGCCUCUACCAACAAGACCCGGUGGGCGGCACCUCGACUGGUGGUCUGGGUCCAUACGACUCGACCAACUAUUCCGGCUCUACCGUCCAGUCGCCGACCCACUACUCCAGCUUCCAGUCAUCGAGCCUGCAGUCCAGCCAGCAGCGGGGGUCACGCCUGCGGGCCGCAUCGGCGUCUCUUCCCUUGGGAUUGGAUCUGCGCACGCAGUUCAGGUCGGCCAUUGGGUCCGGCGGCCUGGCGACCACGGCGCAUUCUCCCGGGCCGCGGACGCCAUCGACCUCGCAGCUCGGCGGCGGCGGCGUCUCGUCCAGCUACACGGGCAGCUUCCCCUCGGCGCCGCUGACGGCACCCGUCGACUUCUCCCUCCCGCGAACGUCCGGCUUCCGGACGUCGACGACAGACUACUCGAUGCCGCAGAUGAGCGCGCCGAUCGCGCCGCCCAACGACUUCUCGCAGGCCUUCCAGGCCAGCCUGUCCGGCGCGAGCGCCGCGCGGACGCCGAUGAGGGACACGUUCGGGGGCGGCCCGCUCGGGCUGGGCCAGGGCCAGAGCGCGGGAGCGGCGGACCGGCCGGACGAGUAUGCGCACGACCCGCUGGGCAUGAAGCGCAGACGCAGCUUCACCACGGGCUCGUCUUCCGUGGCGACUACCGGGGCUGGCGCCUACGGAAGCACAGCAUAAAUGAGGGCAGGCGGUUGCGAAAACGGACCAUGUUACGAGGUGGGAAAAAAACAGCACCACUCGGAAAUAUCCCCGGUUCGCUUUAUCAUGCUUCCUUCGAUUCGGUUCGGUUCGGUUCCUGGG